UCCAUCCAUGGAAACUGUAACCUCUUGCUCUUGCUUAUCUCUCUCACAUCAAAAUGGGAUUUCCAGUGGGGUACACAGAAUUGGUGAUGCCCAAGGUGUUUCUGCAGGUGCUAUCGGUAUUGGGGUUCAUCAGGAGACUCAUCACAAUCCUCUUGUGCUACAUGGGCUUCCACGAUUUCUUCGAAUCCGACAUUGCGGGGCCGGAGAGGGCGGUGUCGGCGGUGCUGAUGAGGGAAAUCCUGCCGGUGGUGAAGUUCUCGGAGAUGGAGAUGGCGGUGGAGGCGGCGGAGAGCUGCGCGGUGUGCCUGUACGAGUUCGAGGGAGAGGACGAGAUCAGACGGCUGACGAACUGUCGCCACAUAUUCCACAGAGGGUGUCUGGACCGUUGGAUGGGGUACGAUCAAAGAACGUGCCCCCUGUGUCGGACACCCUUCAUACCCCACCAUAUGCAAGCUGCAUUCUAUUACAAUCAUCACUAGAUUGGCCUCUUUUUCUUUUUUCUGGAUCUUCUGUUAAGGUUGUUGAGUAUGUGUUGGUGUAAAUAUUAUACGGAUUUUCAAACAAAAUGCAAAGCGGACAAUUGUGCUUAUAUAGUUAGAUUCUUAAUUCCAGCGUGCAGAUUUUAUUUCCA